UGCAUGAGACGCUUAGAGCAAUACAAAAUCAUGACGACGUAAUGGAGUUUGGAUCUGGCCUAGACAAGGUUUUGAAACAAGAAGUCGCAGUCAUUUAUGGAAACAAAGUCAGAGAAUUACAUGCGCUUGAGCACAAUCAUUUUUCAAGGAAUGUAACAGAAGCUGACUCGUUCAAAAGUUUAGCUAGUCUUUUGGAUUUACUAGGUGAACGUUCGGCAAAAGCUCAAACGUUACCUGGACCUGUGACGUCCUAUACGAAGUUCAGGGAUUCGAACCAGACAAUUUUUUUAUUAUCUGAUAUUCCUUCAAAAAAAAUUUUAGGUUUCUUAAAAACAGGUAGGAAGCGUCUUUUUGUGCAUGACAGAAGAGGCGUUUGUGUCGAAUGUGUGCCUUUAUGUGUUUUGGAUUUCUACGUACAUGAAGCACAUCAGAGGAAAGGUUGUGGAAAAAAGUUGUUUGACUUUAUGCUUAAAUAUGAAAAUAUUAAUCCUUCUUGUUUGGCUAUUGAUUUUCCUUCGAAAAAAAUGUUACAAUUUUUACAAAAACAUUAUCAAUUAAAAAAUCCAAUUUUUUCAUCAAAUAAUUUUGUUGUUUAUUCAAGAUUUUUUGAUCAAAUUUUUUAUGAUACAUUAAACAUUGAAAAACAUUCUACUAUUCCAUGUGAAUUAUCAUCUAUUAUUCAAAUUUGGGAUACAGAAGGUUUAAUUCAUAAAAGAAAGAUGAAUCCUCUUGUCAAUCAUUCUUAUCAUAAACCUAAUAAUAAUAAUAAUAAUAAAAAUAAUAAUCACUAUGGCAACACAAUAACCAUGGAUGAACAACCAAAGUUAAAUGAUCAAAUUCAUAUUCAUAAUAAAACAUUAACUAAUCAACAAGUGAAUGAAUUACAUAGAACUAUCAAUGAUCAAAUACCUAUACCUAUGAUAGAUAUGAAGUUAUGUAAUAAUAGUAAUAAUAAUAAUAAUACAUUAACAAGUGUUUAUGAUGUAUCUAAAAUAGAUAAUGGAAAUAUUAAAUUAAAACAACAUCUUAAUGAGUUAAAACCUAUGGAUCAUCAUCAUAAUGGAGUGAAGACAUUAGGACUAUUACAUAAUGUAUAUGAUAAUGUUAAUAGAUCUACAACACAAAAGAAAUCGACUAGUUCCAUUAUGACCACCAAUUCAGAAAUGUUUAAUUAUCGUUCAUACGAAUUAAAAAAUCGUUCUAAACAAACUUACUCUUAUAUAAAUGCUGUACGUAAUCAUAAUUGUCAUACAAGAUUGUGGUAACUUGCUUGAGCCGAAACAAUGUCUAUCUAUAUUCAUACAAUAGACUGACAGUGUUACGCAAUCCACAGUGACACUGACAUUUAUAAACUGAAAAAAGAUUCCAGAUAUAUAUUGACAAACUUCAAUAGUCAUUCAUUUAAUCACAGUUAAACAAUGAUGUAAUACUUUAUACUUGAUAAUUCCAUCUAUCUCUUUGUAUCUUCUGACAUUUGUGGUCGAAUUCAAUUGACUAUCAUCAUAACUACCUGUCUAAUCUUUUGAAUUCUUCAUGUCCCUUUAUUUUUUCUCGUUCCAAAUUUACUUCACUGGAUUGUAUUACUUGAAUAACAACUUCAAACCGUAAUCUUUCCGAUUACUGCUUAUACUUUUAUUACCUUUACCACUAUAAGAUUUGAAUCGACAAUUGUAUCUCUGUGCUAAUGUACUAUUGGCAACUCGAACUGAUAGACAUACGUACGAAGUUCUACGUUGUUACUGACUGACUGACUGAUUGGCUACCUGUAAAUAUAACUUUAUUGAUUAUAAUGGUAAAACGAAUGUAAUUGAUCCGUGGUAUUUCUUAAAAAAAAGGAAAAAGUUUCUUCAGUUUGCCUGCUACUUUGCUUUUCUAUUCCAUUUUGAUUUAAUUUUUGCUUUUUUUUCCAUUUUAAAUGGUUAUUGUUAAGAUUAUUAUUAUUAUUAUUAUUAUUAUUCAUAGUAUAAUCUUUGUUUCCAUCA